ACAGAGAGUCGCCGACCCCAUCCGAUCCUCACUCCUUCCCCAUAUCUUUAAUUAAUCCUAUUCAAUUCACACCUUGAUCAAUUCUCUCCCCAUCUCUAUCUCCCUGCCUGCCGCUCCUACUUCUACUCGCUUCCCUUGAUUAUUCCAUGGAGCAUCACCACGGCCACCUCCACCACCACCGCCUCAACCCUUACCAAACGCUGAACCCGGGCCCAGUGGCAUCGGCGCAAGACCCCGACGGGGGCGGCGGCGGAGGUGGCGCUGACCAGCGGCUCCCGCAGUGGAGCCACGAGGAGACGCGGGAGUUGCUCUCCAUCCGGGCGCAGCUCGACAAGAGCUUCACGGAGACGAAGCGCAACAAGCCGCUUUGGGAGGCUACCUCCUCCUUGCUCCUCCUCAAGGGCUUCUGCCGCACACCAGAGCAGUGCAAGUCCAAGUGGAAGAAUCUCGUCACCCGCUUCAAGGGGAGCGAGUCGUUGACGGAAAGCGAGAAGCAGCACUUCCCUUUCUACGAGGAUAUGAGGAGAAUAUUCUCUGACCGGGCGGCGGCGGCGCCUUCUCCGUCGGAGAAGGGGAAGCAAGCAGUACUGCAAGUGAAGGAGUUGGACGAGAGGGAGUUAGCGUCGGAGGAGGAGGAUAGCGGGAAAGCGGGGAGGAAGAAGAAGCGGAAACUUGAUCACCAAGUGGCGGCGGAGAUGUCGAAGCCUACGGCGGCGAUCAAUGUGGCGGUGCGGGAGUUCAUGCGGCAGCAGAUGGAGAUGGAGGCGCGGUGGCUGGAGGCGACGGAGUCGCGUGAGUUGGCCCGGCGAGCGGAGGAGGAGGAGUGGCGGCGGCUCAUGGAGGCGCUGCGAGCCGAGCGGGCGGAGAUGGACCGGCGGUGGCGGGCAAGGGAGGAGGAACGCCGGGCGAGGGAGGAGGCGCGCGCCGAGCGCCGCCACCAGCUCCUGGUGGCCCUCCUCGAUAAGCUCAUCUCUCAGAAAGAUUAAGAUUGCUCACGAUCGAAAAGUGCGAGAUAAACUGAAAUGGAUGAACAAGUAUAUUGAGAGAGGAAAUGAAAGAGAGAAGAACAAGGUUAGUUUGUUCUAUAAGCAGGUACAAGAAGCUUUACUCCCUGCUAAACAUUUUUAAUUUUUCGAAGAAAUUUUAUCUAAAGAGGCAAAUGAAGAUUUUUUAUUAUUCUGUUCGAGAAAGAAGAUAAAGAUUUUGAGUAGCUUUUGAAGAUGCUUUGCUUUCCAGCUUACGAUAAGUAUCAGUACAUUAACAUGCAUGAAAAUGCUUCAUCUGGCAAUGUACUUAUAAGCUAUAGCUCUUUACUUUUUUCCCACUUUUGCUUUGAUUGCAAUUGUCCAUAAACUUCAAUGCUAGCUAGCAACUUAGCAAAUCUCAAAUAGUUGAAGUUAAUAACAUUUAUAAUCUCUGAUUUUUUUUUUCAAAUAUGUGACAUUUCAAGGUUUUGUAAAGAAACACAGAAAAACUUUAACUCGACUAGGAUAUAUUACAUGCAUAUGAAUACAUAUUAUAGCUUUAAUAUUGCAAGAGUUUUUCAUUUAUUUGGUAUUUUUUUAUUGAAGACUAGAAUCAAUUGCUCGGUUCGAUCCGUGAUUUCAGUAGUAGAGUACAAGAGUUAAUGAUCAAUGUCUCCUUGUCUAAUUGAUCAUUAUUGUUCAAUAUUAAUAUCUGUUUUUGGAAGCACUGCUAAUAACUCUUCCAAUUUUAAAAUGAGUAGAUAGAUCCCUAGAGAGCCUACCUCCAUAAUUAAGAUCUGUAACUCUCAUUUCAAGCUGGAAAUUCUAAAGGAAUCCAGUAGUUCUUUCCUUUACAUCUGUUCAUAGAGGAGAGAACCAGAUUCAGUGCUGAUCACCAAGACUUUUGCAGGCUCUUUGCUAUAUCUUCAUUCUCAAUCCUGUAAAUAUCAUUUUACAGGAUUGCAGUUAGGGCUUAGUCCUGUUUUUGGUCAGUAAGGUUUUAGCCCUUUGCACAUUACAAUGAUGAAGCUUUUGCUCAUCUACAGGUUGAAGAGCCGCAGCUUUCAAGAGAAUUAAGGAACUUGUGAUCUGUGAAGAAUGGAGCAACACAGAGUGAAUGCUUUCGCUGACUUUUACUGCAAGUUUCAGAGAAUUUGGCUGACCAUGGCAACUUCUUAAUUGGGAGUAAGUAUCACAUGUUGCAGAAGUCAAGGAAUUGUACAAACCUUGAUUAUUGAUCCUGUUGUGCAGACAAAAGUUUUUUAAAAAAACAAUAGUAAUAAUAUGAGGUGUAUUUUUAAUCCUUCAA